UCACGCCCCCGUCCCGCCCCCGCAUCCGCCCCCGCCCUUGCCUAGGGCUCCUUCCAGAGUCUAGCGGGAGGACACGGAUUUCCGCAAGUAUGGUUUCCCUGGGGUCUGUGUUUGGCCUGCUGCUGCUCGUAAUCGUUCGAGCCAGCAGAAGUGCAGGUAUUGGUUUUCGCUUUGCCUCAUAUAUUGAUAAUUACAUGGUGCUGCAGAAGGAGCCUUCAGGAGCGGUGAUCUGGGGCUUUGGUACACCUGGAGCCACAGUGACAGUGACCUUGUGCCAAGGUCAGUGCCAAGGUCAGGACACCAUCAUGAAGAAAGUGACCAGUGUGAACGCCCCCUCCAACACCUGGAUGGUGGUACUGGAUCCUAUGAAGCCCGGGGGACCCUUCGAAGUGAUGGCACAACAGACUUUGGGGGCUAUGAAUCUCACCCUAAAGGUUCACGAUGUCUUAUUUGGAGAUGUCUGGCUGUGCAGUGGGCAGAGUAACAUGCAGAUGACUGUGUUACAGGUCUUCAACGCCUCGAAGGAGUUCUCUGAUGCUGCUGCCUACCAGUCUGUGCGCAUCUUCUCUGUCUCCCUCGUCCAGGCAGAGGAGGAGCUGGAGGACCUUGAUAAUGUUGACCUGUCAUGGUCCAAGCCCACUGCAGGAAACUUGGGCCAUGGAAAUUUCACGUACAUGUCAGCAGUAUGCUGGCUCUUUGGCCGUUACCUGUAUGAUACUCUGCAGUAUCCCAUUGGGCUGGUCUCCUCCAGUUGGGGUGGGACACCCAUUGAAGUCUGGUCAUCUAGAAGGACACUGAAAGCCUGUGGAGUCCCUAAUACAAGGGACGAGAGAGUUCUUCAGCCCGAGAUAAAGCCCGUGAGGAAUGAGUGUAAGAGUGAGGGGUCCUUGUGUCCUUUGGGGAGGUUUGUUCCACUGCCUUCUGUGACUAGACCUGUAACACACUCUGUCCUCUGGAAUGCCAUGAUCCAUCCACUGUGCAACAUGACUUUGAAAGGGGUGGUAUGGUACCAGGGGGAGAACAAUGCGAAUUAUAACAGGGACCUGUACUCAUGCAUGUUCCCUGCACUCAUUGAUGACUGGCGCCAGACCUUCCAUUAUGGCUCCCAGGGGCAGACAGAGCGUUUCUUCCCGUUUGGGUUUGUGCAGCUGUCUUCAUAUGUAUCAACGAACAUGUCAGAUUAUGGAUUUCCUGAGAUCCGCUGGCAUCAAACAGCAGACUUUGGCUUUGUCCCUAACCUGAAGAUGCCCAAUACUUUCAUGGCUGUCGCUAUGGAUCUCUGUGAUCGGGACUCACCUUUUGGCAGCAUCCACCCGCGCGAUAAACAGACUGUGGCCUACCGGCUGCACUUGGGGGCUCGAGCUCUGGCUUAUGGUGAGACAAAUUUGACCUUUCAAGGACCACUACCUAAGAAGAUAGAACUCUUGGCUCACAAUGGGUUGCUCAACCUUAUGUAUGACCAGGAAAUCCAGGUGCAGAGGCAAGAUAACAAGUCAUUUGAGCAUUUUAUCUCUCAGAGGAAAUUAAGAAUCAUGUUGUGAUUUUCAUUAACAUUCUACUGAGACCCUGAAUGGAUGUGCACUGCAUUUACAAGAUAUUGAGAACGUGGUACACUGCACAGUGGUAACCCUGCCUACUAGCACUUUCUGUGGAGCACGCUCUGGGGUUAAGAUGGUGUCAGACUCCGACAGUGAUACAGUUCCCCACCCAGUUAGGCAGGCUCAGGUUCUCCUACUCAAGUGUCCUUGCUAAGCCUCCAGCUCACGUCUCUUGAUUGGCAGCUCUAUCAGAAAGUGAAACAAGGAACUCUGAAACUGCUUUUGCCUGAGGGUCUUCGUAUCUUAGUUGAAGCCACAAGAUAUCAAAUAUCGUCUCUGAAUGAAGUUGCACUUAACCUAAGCCAGCUUGUUUUAGUCUCAAACAGUAAUGGUAUGAGUGGUAAAAUUACCAUGGCUUAAGGGAAAAGAUAGCACCUAGCAAAUUAAAUACAAAUUUGUAUCCCAGAGCAAAUACCCAGCCCUACAGCUGUGACAGAGCUUGCCAGUUUUUCUGCAUCUUGGUGUUGUACAAACAGAGAUUACAAGGUAUCUUAUAGUGUGUCAGAAUAAGUACACAGUUAAAAAGCUAAGGAUAAAAGGAGGUUCUCAAAACAGAAAGGAAAAAAAAAAACUGAACAAGAAGAAGGAAAAUAAUCAUACUGGCAUGAGUACCUGAGGCUGCACACCACCAUCCUUGACCUGACAGGUAUACAGACACUUCUGGUCUGGGUACUUCAUGCUGGCAAACACUCGAGUACUGCAGUAGCCCACAGGGUAGAUGGCACUCUCAUCAUGGAAGCCAGGUCGGUUGGUGAUGAUCUACAAAAGAUUCCCCAAUCCGGAGUUGAGGUCACUUAUGGCUUUAUUAUGGUAGCCGUUAGAGCCACUUUGGGACUGCCAAGAGUGACAAAUCAAACAGAAAGUGAUGGCUGUGAGCAGACAAAACUGACCUGGUUUCGUAGGGCCUAGAGAGUUUCUGGGGCUGGUAUGGGUCAGCAAAGGGUUGCUGCCAGUGGGAACAGGGAAGGCUCAACCCCACUCCCACGGUUCUGAUUAUCCUGUCUAUGUGCUGGUCUCACUCACCUCCCCCAGGCUAUAUACUGUUAGACCCCCUAGUCCGAUGGGGAACACAGGCCGUCCUGAGGGAUCCAGGGCAAUGGACCGAACCAGCUUGCGAGCACCUCCCUCCAUUUUCUUUUUCUUGGAUGUUUUCUUCAGAACUGAAACGUAAAUCUGGGGUCACCCACUUCAGGUCCCUUCCAUGGACAAGGGGAGGGGAAAUUUACAUGUGAAUGAUAAAGGCAGAAAAAUGCUCUUUAUGAUGGCAUUUUAUACCAUAAAACCAUCAUAAGUUGAAAAUACUGUAAGUUAAUGCACAUAAUAAAUCUAACUUAACAAA